UGACUCCUCCCUCAAGGGCGGGGCCAAGCGGGGCCCAAAAUGGCGGCCGGCCGCUACCGGCGUUUUCUUAAGCUCUGUGAGGAAUGGCCAGUGGACGAGACCAAACGGGGCCGGGACUUGGGCGCUUACCUGCGGCAGCGGGUAGCACAGGCGUUUCGGGAGGGAGAGAACACCCAGGUGGCAGAGCCUGAGGCCUGCGAUGAGAUGUACGAGAGCUUAGCACGACUCCAUUCAAACUAUUACAAACACAAGUACCCUCGCCCGCGGGACACGAGCUUCAGCGGCCUGACCCUGGAAGAGUACAAGCUGAUCCUCGCCACAGACACCCUGGGGGAGCUGCAGGACAUGAAUAAAGGCUUGUGGAAGAAACUGCAGGAGAAGUUCUCCACCCGGAGUCCCGAGGAGAAGCAGAAGGCCUGGGCUCAGUCCUUAUCUCGCCCGCGGACCUGAGUGAAGUCUGUGUAUUGCCGUCAUAAAUAAAGCUCCCUGACCCCCGC